GUGUAACAGCUGAUUGGGUCACUGUAACCCAGCUGAUGGUCUUUUAAUUCUCCCGCUCUUUUACUGUCCUUUGAUCUUACGUCAGAGCUCAGCGUUCUGUUGCUUUGUGCUAAAGGCGGGAAGGACCGGACUGUAUGGAGAGAUUUUACUUCGCACUGAGAACUUCCUCAUCACCUGAAGGACUGCUGUGUGAGACAUCAUGUCUAAGGUUGAGGGUGUGUGUUAUAAAGAACUGCUGUUAAGCACACUGCAGGAUUUGGGAGAAGAAGAAUUCAAGAAGUUUAAGUGGCUCCUGGAGAUUAGAGGUAUCCCAAAGAAUAAGCUGGAACGAGCAGACAGGACGGACACAGUGGAUAAGAUCGUACAGAAACACAGCCAACAGUCUACAGAGGUGGUGAUGGAGAUUCUGGAGAAGAUCGACAGAAAUGAUCUGGUGGAGAAGCUGUCGAGCAGCAGCACAGAAACAGAUCGAGACACACGUGACCAGAAUAGAAAGUCUUCUCCAGAGAAAGUCUCUCUGAGUCCUGCUGUAGUCAAAGCCUCUUCAGAAGAUCCCAUCCAAAACCUGCAAGAACGAGAUGAGCUGAUCAAACUUCCACAGAAACAACAUGUGGAAGAAAAGUAUGACAGGAGUGAAGCAGACGGCAUACAGGAAGAGAGCCUUUUGGAAAGUCUACAAAAGGAAAGUGGGGAACCUCAGGAAGAAAAACAUCAACUGAUUGAGAAGAAGAAGGAAGGUGGAGACAGCCGAAGGAAAAAGAAGUUCAGAGAAGAGAUUCAGAAAACGGAAGAAAUAAAAAGUCCAGUGAAAGAAGAAGCCACAGCAGCACUGCUGGACAAACUGACAUCAGCUAAGGAGGCAGAUACAGACACAGUGAAUCAAACCUCAGGCAAAUACGACUACAUCACCUGUAAACAUCUCAUCAAUAUGGGGUCUCCUGCUGUCUACCAGCUGAUACCAAAGAGAGAGAACAUAGGAACUCUUAAAAAACUGACUCUGGGUAAAAGAGAUCCAAACAAGACCAACAGAACCAUCUUACUUGUUGGUGAGACCGGAGCAGGGAAAUCUACUCUGGUCAACGCUCUGGUGAACUACGCCAUAGGGGUGGAGUGGGAGGACAAGGUCUGGUUUGAGAUCGUUGAGGAGGAGGAGAAAAGUGAAUCAGAUGGUCAAGAUAAAGAGGAAGAUCAGAGUGAAAGUCAGACCUCAGACGUGAUCGUGUACGAGAUCUUUGGUUUUGAAGGUAAAACUCUGCCCUACUCUCUGACCAUCAUCGACACGCCGGGAUACGGAGACACCAGAAGAGAUGAACAAGAUGACAUUGUCAGUCAGAGAAUGUUGGACCUGUUCCACUCAGAGGAUGGAGUUUAUGAGAUCAACGUCGUGGGUCUGGUGCUGAAAGCCAGUGACAACCGGCUGAGCGACCGUCUGAGGUACAUCUUUGAUUCGGUGGCGUCUCUGUUUGGAAACGACAUGAAGGACAACAUCGUCUCCCUCAUCACACACUCAGACGGGAGGACGCCUCGAGAGGCUCUGAAAGCUCUUGAAGCUGCAGACAUCAAGUGUGCCCAAAAUGAGAAGUACCAGCCCGUCCACUUCCUGUUCAAUAACUGCCAAAACACAGAGAGGAACCAGAAGAAUGCCUUACCGUUGGAGACUUCAUGGGAGAUAACAGGAAGAGGAAUGAGGGAAUUUACAGGAUACCUGCAAAAUCUCCUCCCCAAAAACCUGAUAAACACCGCUGAGGUGUUGAACGAACGCAUCACGCUGACGGCCAGCAUCCAGAACCUGCAACAACGAGUGGAGCUGAUUGAAAAACAACAGACAAAGAUCAAGGAUGCUCAGGACGCUCUGAACAAACACAGAGAAGAGAUGAAGAGCAACGAGGACUUCACUGUGACCGUUCAAGAACCAUACAAAGAGAAAGAGUCCAUCAGAGGAGGGAUGUCGUGGUUGUUCUUUUAUGAGGGAGCUGUCUGCUGUGACGUCUGUCAGGAGAACUGUCACUACCCUGGAUGCACGUUGGCCUGGUACCCCAGAGACUGUGAGGUCUUCAAAAAGAGCCACUGCACUGUUUGUACCGGGAAGUGUCAUGUGUCCAAACACGUGAAGAACAAGGAGAAGUAUGUGAUCAAGACCAGAGAAGUUCAAAUGACUCUGAAAGACGUGAAAGAGAAGUACAAAAAGAACAAAACAGACUGGGAAGAGACCAAAAGCCUCUCAGAAGACCAGGAGACAGCAGAGAAGCAUUUGGAGGAUCUUGAGGAGGCUAAAAACACCCUCGAAGAGAAGUCCAAAAACUAUGACAGGAGCAAAGCAGACUGUGAGGAGACGACCGGCCUCCUGGCUGAUCUGGAGAAACGGAUGAAAGAGCUUCAGGCAGAAAAAGAUCAGUGGUUGAAGGUCUCCUUUCAGCAUGUUGAGAAGCUGGAGCAGAUCGCUCUGAAUGUGGUCUCCCUGUCCACUCUGGGACACCUGGACUUCCUGAUUGAGAAGAUGAAUGAGAGAAGAGACACAGAGAAAGAGAUGUUCCAAAAGGAGGUCCAGAAACUGGAGAAGAUGAAGAGUCGAGUGGGUGAAAAUAAAACGGCCGCUCUGCAGUGCAAACAAAAGAAACCGGACAAAGCGAAGGCAAAGUGAGCUGAACCAGAUCAUUGCAUAAAAGCCAAAGACCAGUUCGUUGGCACAAACGUUCAAAACUAAAAUUCUUAAUAUGCUAGACCAGGAUCUAGAGUUUUCCAAACUUGCUUUGCUGAUAAAUUUGUCAGUAUAAUUUCUCAGCUGUAAAAUUCUAAAAAGAUCUUUACUGACCAGGCCAUACUGCUCUUUUAAGUCUUGAAAACUUUUGAGUGAAGAGUCUCCAAAUUAGUAAAUAUUCAGACCUUUUCCCUUCCAUGAUUUCAAACUUGCAUCUAGCCUGUUUGGAGUGGACCGGGUAUCGUGGGCUAUCCAGUGAAUCAGCACAGAAGGCUGACUCACCGGCUCAAUAAAAAGCACAAACUGAAGGGGGCUGAUGGGACAACCCUGCCGACAGCCUCGCUCCAGCUCAAAGGACCCUGACACAGAGCCAUUUAGUUUUUAUUCUCGCCCAUGGUUUAUGAUAAAGCAUUUGGAUUGUCUGUGUGAAAGUGUUAUGAAAUUUAAAAUUAUACAGGGUUUUAUACAAAAAUGACCAGCUGACAGAGUCAAACGCCUUUUCAGCAUCUCAUGUGACUAUGGCUGCCUCAGUCUGUUCUUGCUUUAGCUUGUGAAUAACAUGUGAAGUAAUGUUGUCCUGAGUUUGCCGUUGUUUUAUGAAGCUUGUUUGGUCUAAAUGUAUUAUUUCAGGUAGAAUGUUUUCCAGUCUUUUAGCUUGUAUGGACACAAAUCUCUUGUAAUCCUGAUUUAAGAGGCUGAUUGGUCUGGAGUUUUUGCAAUCCAACCCAUCCCCCCCUGCUUGGGUAUAACUGUUACAACUGCUUCUUGCCGAGGGGGGUGUCUCCCCUCUUUGUAACACCCAGUUGUCCUUAAUAAAAGGGGGGGAUAGGGAACCUCUAAGUAUCUUGUACCAUGCUGCUAGGUAUCAGUCUUAUCUAGUAAAUAGUCCUCUCAGCCUGUUGUGCCUUUAGUUUGUAGGCCAAUCAUUUUGCUGAUUUGCUGCCUAUUUCUUAGUAUUUCUGUUUCACAAAGAGCAGAUCUUUUAGAAUGCUUCUUGAUUCAAGGUCGUUUAACUGAGUUCUAACUUCUUGCAUUUGGUUUCUUAUAUUUGAGUAUAACCAUUCACAUUAAACGACACUAUUUUACACAAACUUACACAUACAAUGGAAACUGAAAUCAACAUUUGGAACUGUUUAUAAAAGAAAUGAAUGUAGAAAUGACUCCCUGAACUGAGGUCAUAUGUGUGCCCCUUUGGGACCGUGGUGUUUUGAUGGCUCAGAGGGAUAACCUGUUUUCCCUGUUAGGGGUAGAGGGCCCUCUAAUGGAAGAAGUGAGUGGAUUAACAUACUAGUUACCUUAUUAAUAUGUGCUCAACAUAAAAAAAUAAGCAACUAGGAGUCAAAGUAUGUAACGUGAGGAGAGAUGGUAAAAGUCUCUUUUCCUGGUACUUAACAAAUCCAGUUAUUCUGAAGGAUAUAAGAUAAGAUAAGAUUCCUUUACUCGUCCCACAACGGGGAAAUUCAAGUGUCACAGUAACAAA